GUACGAUGUAGAACCACACAACCAAACAAAAACAGCCCUAACUCGAGCCCACCCGCAGAGAGGGCCUUCCGGCGGACGCCCCCGUAUAUAUAAUAUAAUAGAUGCGUAUAUAUAUAGAAUUCAGACGUGUCACACAGAGCCCCGUCACUCGAUCCGCACGCCUCCUUCGUGGGCUUCUUCCUUCGGGGGGCUCCCUCUUUCGGGGGCUUCCUCCGCGCCUGCCCCUCAGCUGUCUCGGUGACGGCACCCGGGCCCCUGUUGUUGUUGUGCCCAUACCCGUUCGGGCCAGAGAGACGACGUCAAGCCUCCGGACGCACAGCGAAAAAGACCGUUUCUUCCGCUCCGCCCGCUCCGAGCGGUUCGCGCAGACGGGACUCGGGACUCAUCCGCGUAAAUCCGAAGAAACCGGACCUGGGCCGAUCGACUCGGGUCCAGAGUGGCGAGACGAUCGACGGCAAAGGUCGAUCGACGGCAAAGACGAUCGACGGCAAAAUUGUUGAUCCUGGAUCAGGGGCUUCGGUACGGUACAACAGAGGGUUAUAUACCAUUAUAUACAGGGUGUCGGGCUAUGUGCAGGACGGCAGGCGGCAACGGCGGCAACGGCGGCAACGGCGGCA